AUGUGGCAGCUUCGAAAGCGGGAUGACGACUUGGUGUCGUUGGAAAGAAACCUGCUGAAGAAGGCUACGGUGAAAGCAGCGGACGAUUUGUUGCUGGACCGGCUUCUGGACAAGAGCGUGGAGCUGCUGGAGCCGCUUGAGGCCAUGCGCCUGACAGCAGUAGACCGAUCCCUUCUCGCCGCUCUUGGGGACCCGCCGAAG